CAGCCUUAGGAGCCUCAGAGCAAUAACACACAACAAAAGCCAAGGGGGUUAAGCAAAAUUCUCCAUAAGGCUUCUUCAUAAUGGGUGCAGGCGGCCGAAUGGCAACUCCUAGCGGCAAGAAGACCGAGACAGAGGCCCUUCGACGCGCUCCUCAUGAGAAACCUCCCUUCACCAUAGGUGAUCUCAAGAAAGCCAUUCCCCCCCAUUGCUUCGAAAAAUCUCUCAUCACUUCUUUCCGCUACCUCAUUCAAGAUCUCCUCAUGGCCUACGCGUUGUACUACGUGGCCACCACUUAUAUAGACCAGUAUCUUCCGCGCCCUCUCAACUACUUGGGCUGGGCAGCUUACAUUGCUGUACAAGGCUGCGUCCUCACCGGUGCCUGGGUCGUGGGCCACGAAUGCGAUCACGACGCCUUCAGCAAUUACAAUUGGAUCAAUGACCUUGUCGGCCUCAUUGUCCACUCUUCUCUCAUGGUCCCUUACUUCUCAUGGAAAAUCAGCCACCGUCGCCACCACGCCAACACUCAGUCCCUCGAGAACGACGAGGUUUACGUCCCACGAUUCAAGUCCAACAUCCGAAACUACUACAAAAUCCUCAACAACCCCCCGGGGCGCGUCCUCGUAUGGGCCACCACUCUCCUCAUAGGCUUCCCUCUGUACCUAAUGUUCAACGUCUCAGGCCACAAGUACGAGAGAUGGACCUCGCAUUACGAUCCCCACAGCCCUCUCUACUCUGAGCGCGAACGCAAAGAGAUCAUCAUCUCUGACAUUGCCAUUCUUGCUGUCAUCUAUGGCCUCUAUCAUCUCGUCUUGCUCAAAGGCUUUGCAUGGGUGUUCUGUGUCUACGGAGGUCCACUCCUAGUUGUUAACGGAUGGUUCACGUUGAUCACGAUCCUCAACCACACUCAUCCUUCUGUGCCUUACUACGACUCCACCGAAUGGGACUGGCUGAGGGGAGCUCUCUGCACUGUCGACAGAGACUACGGAAUUCUGAACAAGGUGUUCCACAAUGUGUGCAAUGCUCAUGUUUGUCACCAUAUUUUCUCCAUGAUCCCGCAUUACCACGGGCUCGAGGCCACCGAGGCCAUGAAGCCCUUGUUGGGAGACUACUAUCAGUAUGAUGGAACUCCGAUUCUCAAGGCCAUGUAUAGAGAAAUGAAGGAGUGUAUUUAUGUUGAGAAAGAUGAAGGUGAGACCAAGGGAGUGUAUUGGUACAGAAAGGAGAUAUAGGUUUAUGAUGUUUUGUAAGAGAUUUGAAGUCUACUCAUUUGUAAUAAGAAUGAAAUUGAAUACAAUUUAGAGUUUUUUAGGAAUA